AUGAAAUUAGCCAGUCCUGAAGAACCAUGGUUGAGCUGGACGAUAACUAACGUUUCUCAGUCAUCUCAGUCAUAUCUGUUUACCCAACUAAAGCCAAAUUGCGAGUACUAUGUGACUAUAAUGGCACAGAACAAAAUGGGAUAUGGUUGGCCUUUAGGCAUGGAAAAAGUAUCAACGAUUCAGGCAGGUAAUUUCUUUCGAAAGUUUUUGUUUAAACCAAUUCAAUCCGGAAUGUUUAUUUGAUCUUUUGAGAGUAGAGCAGCGUAUCCCCAUUCCACCCUGUCUCCCCAAGUUUACAUCAAACUUACAGGGAUUAUGUCUUGUGAGUUAUGAGGUUCCUUCCCCCAUUUCAAUUACAGAGGAAGCUCUCUAAGCGAUCGCCUCUGUAAUUCAUAAAAUUGCUCCCACUCCUAGGGCUUAAUUAGUUUACGAGAAUUGAAAUUGAUCUCUCGUUUUUAAGCGACCAUGUGAUAAACCUAUAUAUUGAGGACGGUCGCAUACGAGAACUAUUCGCAGAAAGGUUCACAUGUGGUGUUAGUUACCCAUAGUUUUUUACAUUUUCAGUUGGUUUGGCAACAAUUAACAACAACAAUAAGAUACGCACACGCUUUAAGAUAUAGGUUGGAAUGUACUAUUACCUAUAGGAUAACGCGUUUUCUCAUCGUCUUAAUGGUUUGCCGUGUUUUAUAGAUGCUCCUAGCCCGCCCGUGUUCGACGUUAUAGCGAGCGAAAAUGAAAAUGAGUGUGCUGUCUUUGUGCAAUGGUCCCGGGAACCAUCAUCAAGUGACUGCCCUGUACUGUUUCAUACAAUAAGCUACAGACGAAAAGGUGAAAAUGAGUGGACCAGAUUGAAUAUUACAGGAAAAAAAACCAAUAGCCAGAAGAUCGAGACAGAAUGUUCUACGGAAUAUGAGUUCCAGCUUGUGGCGACGAAUGAAGUAGGAUCGAGCCCUUUUACUACUAAAACGUACACAACGAAAGGGAAUGCAAUAAAGAAUAACGAAAGAGGUAUAUAUGCAUACAAUGUGCAGAUGGUGGUCAUUGUAUAGAGCGUUUUGACAUGACUUCACAGCGGCCAUAUUGAAAUUUCAAAAGAACAAAACGGCAGCCAUGAAAGUGUUCCAACCAAUCUUGCGGGGAUUAAACUGACUUUUAAUCUUGUGUAAAUGCUUGCUUUUGCUUCAAUUAUUUUGCAUAGAAGCUGGACACAUGAGUGAAAACACUUCAUACAUAUAGAAGGUGUUUGAGUGUAUCAGUCUAACAAAAGACAAUAUUUACAGAAUGAUCCUGCUCAUAGUUUCCUCCAUUAGACAUGUAUUUAGGACGACACUUAUUGAUUGAUCAUCUAUCUAGUGCAACACUAUUGGAAGAUUGAAUUAACUAUACAAAAGAAUAAAUACAGUCCCAAGAAAGUUGUAACGCUAUUCUUUGUCAAGGACAUACCGCAAUAGAUCCAUUUACGGUUGCGAGGGCGUGCUGGGUAAUUAUUUCUUGCUUAUUGAAUAUAAUUGUCACUUUCCCUUUAAAAGUUGUAACUAAAGAGCUCAAAGAAACUACAUACUAAAUCUGGAGUGCAUAGCAGUCCUUUGUUGCUUUUUAGAAAACCUGAGUUCUUCUAUGCAUUUCCUGUAAUCCGACAACACAAAAAGUACAGAAAAUGUAUGGAAGACGCCAAAUUUUCUAAAAAGCGACAAAGGACUUCUGUGCACUCCACAUUUAGUGUAUAGUUUCUUCUAGUUUAUUAAUUAAAGUUUUCAAACAGAAAGUGACGAAUAUAUGCUAAAUUAGGAAGAAUUCGUUCACUUUGAAUUCCCAUACAAACUAAUGAAUUCCCCACCAUCUUGUCCUGAUUACACAGCAUGCCCUCACAAGCGUAAAGGGGUCUAUUGUUUGUAUUUGGGUUUUAAUGUCCUGCGUAAUGAUUACAACGUUUUCCUUCAAAAUUCUCCAUAAUUUAUUAUCUCGUUACACAUCGGGGCCAGGCCCGAGUGGUACAGCAUGACAGAAUCUUCUGGAGUUCUCGCGGCCAAUACUAAGACACACAUCGCAAUGUUCCAAAAAUAAAUUGUUGAUUUUAAAAAAGUCCAAAAAAAAAAUUGAAAGAUGAGAUUCUCUGGGGGAAACGAAACUACAACCAGACAAUUGAGACUCCAAAAUCAAGAAUCAGAAUAGUCGAUCUCAUAGCAGCCAAUGUACAUACUGAAAGCGAAAAAUUGUUAAUAUUUCAAAUUACAGUUAUUUCUCUGGAGUUUAUUCUCAUCUAUAUCUUCGCCGGUUUACUUACAAUCCUGGGAGCUGUACUGCUGGCAGUGUGCAUCAAUCAAUACAGAAAGAAAGGAAAUCAAUCCACUAAGAGGUAUGUAAGUACAAUCUGCUUUAAAAAUUCCUUUUUUCCUUCAUUUUAAAUGAUGCAAUAUCUACCCAACAUACCGGUAUAUUUGCGUCCACCUGAGCCGUGUAUAGUCUCUUUUGACGUGUUAGGCCUUUAGAAUACAUCCUUUGUAUUCUGCAUAAUUGUAGCAGAGCUUUUUUAGUAUACCGUGAAGCUGCGCUUCCGAACGCCAAGAGUAAGAAAAUCUGGUUAUCUAGCGAUACAUAAAUUUUGUUUGGCCAAUUUUUUCUAUUUGAUUAAAUGGGCGUUCUAGAACUUGAAAUACCGUCCAACCUCCACUAACGGCCACCUCUCCACAACAGUCACCUCUCUACCACGGCCACUUUUUUUGGAGGACGAUCCAUACAUUGACUCUUGUUUAAACCGCUCUACAACGACCACCUGUCUACAACUGCCACUUUCUACUGUCCCCAGGGUGACCGUUGUGGAGAGACUCAACUUUGAUCUGUUGUUUUUAAACAUUAUAGGACUGCAAAGGACAUCCAAGUUUUGGAAGGUUGUGAAAUUCCUCCAACCAGAACCGAAUUUCUUGAAUUGUUGGGUGAAGGAGCAUUUGGAAAAGUUCACAAAGCGACACUAAAGGACGGUAUGGCAUACUUUGAAGACGAGCGAGACUGGCCUAGCAGGCCUAGAAAGCAGAAAAUUAUUGCGGUCAAAGAACUUUUUGGUGAGUUCAAGCUUGAAAAUUCAGACUUUUAGCUUCUUGUUGCAAUGUGACGUUCAGCAUUUAUUUACCACCAGCGUCGUUUCCAGAAAUAAAGGCCCGUCACCUGUCCAAAAGCCACUUAAUAAUAAUAAAUUAACGAUGCAUGAAAAAUAAUGUGGUUUAAAAGCUUACGUUGUGAACUAAGGUGGAUGUGUAACGGUAAAACUCAUUAAGUGGGUUACUGACCAAGAGAUCCAAGGACUAUGGCCACCCGUUAUAUCUUUGCCCCAACAAAGACAUCUUUACAGAAUUUCACUUUUAUGGAAAACUCAGUUAUGGUGAUCGCUAUUUUUUUUUUCUUUCUCUACCCACCUAUCCUUGUUGUCACCAGAAAACGCCAAUGAAGAAGAGAGAAAGGAAUUUAUGGAUGAAAUCGAGCUCAUGAAGAAGGUUGGAAAACAUCAAAAUGUUCUGAGUUUCUUUGGAAGUUGGACCACAACUAAACCAAUUGUACUCAUGAUAGAGUAUAUCGCUCAUGGAGAUUUGCUUCAUUGGCUUCGACAUAAAAGAAGUCAGGUAUUAAUAAUUACCAACUGA